AUGAACCACCUGCUCUCACCUGUCUUCUCCUCGAGGCCGCCGGGCUCGAGGCCACCGCCGCCGAGUGGAGCCGCGCCCCUCCCCCCGGAGCUGUGGGUACACAUCGGCCGAUUUCUUCCCCCAAAACAAGCGUACGCCUUUGCGCGCACUUGCAGAGCCGGCGCCGAAUCGUGGGCGGGGCGGAGACACGGCUUGACCUUUGCCGAAGUACGCGAGCGCGUCGACGAGCACUUUCAGAUCCGGCACUUUCAGAUUUCCCGGAAGAAGGGCAUGGAGAUCCUUCUCCGCCCGCACGACGGCCCUUCGACGGGCAGCGUCCGCAUAUUUGCCAUCGCGGCCAGCCUGGGGCUGCUCGUGCGGGCGCGCUGGAUCCGGCUCGCCGCCGACACAGAGCACGUCUGCGCCCUCGCCCAGGCGCUCGCCUCGGGGGCGUGCUGGAAGCUCGAGGAGCUGUACCUACCGCGCAGCAAGAUUGGGGACGGCGGCGUGCUGGCCCUCUGCGACGCCGGCCUGCAGGGCGCGCUGAGCCGGCUCCACCGCCUCCACCUCGGCGGAAAUCUCAUCUCGGACGCGGGCGCACAGCUGCGAGACGUACGGCAGGGGGUGGGAUCCGAUGCCUUCGACGGGACGAAGCGCUACGAGGCUGUCGGGAGCCGCAUGCAGAUGCGUGGCGCCCUCUGUUGUACACGUGUGUCUGCGUGCCCCCUGUGA